CUGAAAGACUGUAUGACGGAGUGGAUGGGUUGGAUGGGUGGAAACCAAGAGACUCUGAUGUCAACGGUUGGAAAUGAUGCCAGGCAAACUUGGGCUUUAAUUUAAGAACAAACUUCCCCUCAUACGAUCUGUUCCCUACCAUCACCAUUACCACUACUGUUACUGAAAAAGAACUCGUUAUAAUUGAAUACGAACUUUGCUUUGCACUUGGAUCCCCCAAAAAAUCAUAUUUAUCCAACCCCUAGCUACCUACCUACCUCGCCAGUUAAUCAACAUGUCCGAAGAGGGCCACCAGUCACCCCCUCCUGAGAGGUCUUCGGGUCGCCAAAUGAAGGAAACCCCCGGUUCAGGACAAGGAACAGACGACUCGAGCAAGAAGAAUCAGGCAAACAAGCAGUCUCUAGAGAACCUGACGUCCAAUCCCCCUGGUCCAUUGGAUGCCGCGUUGGAGGCGAAGUACCCGAAGAAGUCGUCGGGAUCGUAAUGGUCAAUUUUGUGUUAGUAGGGAGCUAUCAAUCAGGCCUCAGGUCCGACUACCACCAGUAUAAACUAUAAACUAUAAACGAAGUAAGAGACACAGUUCCAGAAAUGAAGU